AUGGCUGCGCCGAGCCCGGGGCCCCGCGAGGUCCUGGCUCCCUCCCCAGAGGCUGGACACAGAGCAACCACCUCGAGCUCCAGACGCCGUGGCCUCCUCUGGCGUCUACGGGACAAGCAGUCUCGGCUGGGCCUGUUUGAGAUAGGCCCGGGUCAUGAGCUUCAUGGGAUGAUGUGUAUGAUGCAGGCAGGGCUGUGGGCUGCCACCCAGGUCUCCAUGGAUCACCCGCCCACGGGGCCACCCACCCAGGAGGAUUUCUCUGAGGUCCUGACCCAGGUCCAUGAGGGCUUUGAGCUGGGCACUCUGGCCGGCCCAGCCUUUGCCCGACUGCGCCGCUCUCUGGGACUGGCCGAGGAGGACUAUCAGGCUGCAUUGGGUCCCGGUGACCCCUAUCUUCAAUUCCUGAGCACCUCCAAGAGCAAAGCCAGCUUCUUCCUGUCCCACGACCAGCGCUUCUUCCUGAAGACCCAGCGGCGCCGGGAGGUGCGGACGCUGCUCGCCCACCUGCCCCGCUACGUGCAGCACCUGCAGCGGCACCCGCACUCGCUGCUAGCGCGGUUGCUGGGAGUGCACAGUCUGCGGGUGGCCAGGGGAAAGAAGAAAUACUUCAUCAUCAUGCAGAGCGUCUUCUAUCCCGCCGGCCGCAUCUCCGAGAGGUAUGACAUUAAGGGCUGCGAGGUGAGCCGCUGGGUGGAUCCGGCCCCUGAGGGCAGCCCUCUCGUCCUGGUGCUGAAGGACCUCAACUUUCAGGACAAGACCAUCGACCUGGGGCCCCAGAGGAGCUGGUUCCUCUGCCAGGUGGAACUGGACACCGCCUUCCUCCGGGAGCUCAACGUGCUGGAUUACAGCCUCCUGAUGGCUUUCCAGAGGCUCCACGAGGAUGAGAGGGGCCAGGACAGCAGCCUCAUCUUCCGCAUGGCCAGGUCUGUGCAAGGGGCACAGAGCCCGGAGGACCCGGGAGCCCAGAACCGCCGGCUGCUGCCCGAUGUCCCCAACGCGCUACACAUCCUGGACGGGCCGGAGCAGCGCUAUUUCCUGGGCGUCGUGGAUCUCGCCACGGUCUACGGGCUCAGCAAGCGGCUGGAGUACCUGUGGAAGACACUGCGGUACCCGGGCCGGACCUUCUCCACGGUCAGCCCGGCUCGUUAUGCCCGGCGCCUUUGCCAGUGGGUGGAGGCGCACACCGAGUGA